AUGGAGCUUGCACUCGACAUUACUUCAUCUUGCCGAGUACGCGUCUUACUUAUCCCUGUAUCGCCUAUUAAAAAGUCUAAAUUCUGGAGCCACGUUGAACUUGUUCGAAAAUUCAGCCUUGUUCGUUUAGGGGAUGUCACGCCAAACCUUCAUAAAGGUGCUAAUGCCAGGUUUAGCAGCCAAGUAUUUCAAGAAGGACAGAUGCACUUUCAGUUUGUCACAAAAUACGACCGAGAUCAUAGUCAUCUCGAGGAUUUUCAGCCUCACCGACGCAUUUUUGGUGUGAUUGGUAUUAUGGAUUGCCAAGAAUGGAAGGAUAAAGAUCUUAGUGAAGGAUACAAGAAAUUUCAUGAUAUGCUUGGACAGUAUCCUACUGCAGUAGCCACUCGGUGCUUUGCUUUUGAUCCAAAUGAAAAUCAACCAGAUGACACUAAAGGGCUUAUUAUGAUUCCUAAUGUUGGUAACAUGUCUUUUUAUAUGAGUACAAUGAUAUGUGAUUUUGCAAGCGAAAUUCUGGAUCAAUUUGCCUCUAUUGCAGAUCGUAUUGAGAAAUUAAAAAUGCUUGAGUCGCCUAUUCCUAUGGGAUUCAUGCCUCUGUUACAACCUCAACCUUCUGUUAGCAUGACUCCUCCUUCUCCUCCUUCGCCUGGACCUACGCCCACAGGGUCUGUUUCAGCUUCGUUCUUAAAACGAGCAUCCACCAGUGCUGCUAAUAACCGUAAAAGCACCAUCAAUGCUGCUAAUUCACCACCUACACCUAAACCUUCUCUUUCUAGAUCAACUACAUUUACAGGUUCAUUGAACUCAUCUAGUGAUAUAAACCGUACUAUUCAACGUACACCUGGAAGAAUUAAGAAACUGUUUGCUGAUUUCUAUUUACUGGCAGGAAGGUUGCCUGAUGCCAUGAAGCAUUAUCAAGAGGCCAUUGAUAUGACGCAAAGUUCAUCUGAUUAUUUGUGGUUAGGUAGUGCAAAAGAAGGGUUGGCUUGUACCAUGAUAUUAAUGGCUUAUCUUCAUACGGAUGUUGGUCAUAUUGUAUCGAGGCAGUCUAUCCAGAACGAAGAAGACCCUACACCUUCAACCAUAGUCAAACCAGAAACUACCUUGGUCACUGAGAUCACGCAGCUCUAUGAAGACCUUGUACAAAGCUAUAUCAAGGUCAAUUCAACCACCAAUAUUCCUAUUCCUAAACUUGUAUUGGCUGAAUCUUGUCUCAAGAUUGCUCGCUUUUUGAUGUCUGUCUUUUUGAACGGUGGUUGGAAUGAUAGUUUAUUGACUCGAAUUGUUCAAUCACCUACUUUGCAAGUAACAAGAGAGACUAGAUUUAUAUCCAUGGCUGAAUUAGUAAAGUAUAAAGGGAGUGGAAUUGCUCGCUUCACGAUUGCCAAUUGGGUAUCUAAACUGUGGACGAUGGAUAUGCACAACAUGAACAUGAUGGAUCAGAUCAACAUCAUGACACAGAUGUCUUCGAUUCUGUCCACCAUAGGUUAUCAUCGAAAAGCAGCUUGGUAUAUGUACGAAACUUUGAACCGAAUGAUUCCCUUGUUGAUUCAAGGAAGAGCCACUAUGGCAAAUGGUAUUAAACAUGUCACUAUAGAAAGCAAUGUCCAUGAUGGCGGUGCACUACAAAUGAUCCAGAAUCGAUUUGAUGGACAAGAAAAGACAAAAGAUAUAACAAAGAAGAAUGAUACAGUUGGAUUUGGUUGGGCUGCUUUACAGAUUGACAUCUUGAGAGAAUGCAUUGUUAUUUCAGAAGCCAUUCAAGACCAUGCUUCCAUGCUCUAUUAUACGACUGUACUAUUGAAAAACUUGUAUCAACAUAUCUCUAAAGAAGAGCAAAUUCGGUUGGCUUCUUCUAUCCAACGAAUUGUGAACAUUAGUAAAAGAUCAGGCCAAGUAGACAACAGCGUGAAUUACUGGGGAUUCAACAUUGUUAAAUCUAUUCAGCCUAUUCCACCUAUACCACGUAAAGCCAUUUAUCAGCACCCAUUAUUGAUUGCUAAGGCUAUUGCAGCCUCUAAAGAAGAUCGAACUAACUCUGGUGACCCUUUCAUCUAUAAUCCAUUUGCUAAAAAGAAAGACGACAAGCCUCAAAUCAACUUGAUCAAGGAUGAAGCAUGUGAAUUCAAGGCCAUGUUGACAAAUCCGUUUGGAUUUGACCUUGAGUUAAGUAAUAUUGUAUUGAGUACUUCGGGAAUCGAGUUUUCUGCUGUUCCGACUGCAGCUACUAUUCCUGCCAAUGAUACAUUGGUCGUCAGAUUGAUGGGUACGCCACUAGAGACUGGCUUGCUUGUGAUUAGAGGUUGUAUUAUCAAAAUUACUGGGUUUGCAGAACAAGAAUUCUUGAAUGAAAAGCAGGAAACGAAAAAAGUAGAGCAGCCCAAGAAUAGUAAAGACAUUGUUCAGCAAUCCAAAGAAUCAGAACGAUUUAAAUACACUGGCCUUCAAGCCUUAUGCAAGUCUUCAGGCAUAGAGAAUACAACAUCUAAUGAAAAAGUAGAACAACAGCUCACACUGAAUGUGAUUGAAGAUCAACCCUUACUUAAAAUCAAAUCCACUUCGCUUUUACAUGGUGCUGUCAUGCUUUUUGAAGGCGAGAUGAAGCAUAUUACAAUUGAUGUAGAAAACAUUGGUAAUAUUCCAGUUGAUUUCUUGACUUUGUCCUUUACAGAUUCGACCACACUUCACCCAAAGCAAAUCAAUCCAGAAUUACCUAGUGAAGAACAGUAUGAAAUUGAGCUCUAUACAAAAGGAACACCUGUGUUUUCUUGGGAAGGAUCCAAACCAGACAGUAGUCAGAUUGGUAAACGAAUCAACCUCCCUCCUGGGGAGCGUACACAAAUCAUUGUGAAUAUCUAUGGCAAACAAGGAUGCACAGGUGGAGCUAUUCAUGUAGAUUAUGGCUAUUUAGAUAGAGCCAUUAAAGACCAAACAAAAAAAGCAAGUAAAUUUGAUCAAGAAUUGCCAGCUACAUUAUAUACCAGACAACUCUAUUUGCCAGUUAUGAUCACAGUCUAUCAAAAUCUGGAACCAUUGAAUUGGGAUGUACUCUACCUUCGCGACAAUAUGAUGGUCACUGAAGAUCAACUGAAUUAUGCAGUAGAUAAAAUCGAAAAACUCGAUAUGAACCAUAUGCAAUCUACAGAGCAGCCUGUAGAGCAACUGUUAGUCAUUACACAACAAGCCAAUGAUGAUAAUGAUAAAAACCCUUAUUGUUUAUUGACAUUAGAUGUCAGAAAUACUUGGACAAUUCCUUUUGACAUUGAAUUCACGAUUGAUAACACAACAGAAGGAAAAGAAGAGAAGGCAAGCCUAUUGAAAUCUACAGUAACAAUUCAGCCUGCAUUAACGAAAAGAAUGGUACUCCCUCUUAAAAAGCUAUUCUUAACUUCAGAAGAACGCUUACAGCCUAUUCCAAGCUUUGAGCCCAACAAGCAGUUUGUCGUAUCUCAAGCACCUAAAAUGGCACCGGAACAAGAGCGUGCACAUCUACAGAUGUUUUGGUAUAGGGAACAGUUACUUGCACGUAUCAAAGCACAUUGGCGAUGUCCUACCUCUAAACGCAGUGGUAUCAUCAAUUUGCGACCUUCACUCAGAUUGACAAGCUUACAACUAAGCGUAUUGAAGAGACAGGAUAUUGAAUUUAUUGUAGAUAUGACACAACAAGAAGGAGCCAAAACAAUGGGACAUCGACAAUUUGCUUGCCAAGUGAAUACUUUUGUACAUAUGAAUGUAACCAUUGCCAAUCGACAGGGUAUGUGUGCCUACUCUACAUAUUAUUAUUGA